AUGGAGGAAUGUGAUGCACACACUGUUCCACUGGUUUUAUCACAAAACAGCGGAAUCAUCAGGCAGAACUGUGGUUCUGGGCUACCUUCCCCACUUCCUUCUGAUUCCUUCAAGUAUCUCGGCUGGUGUGACAUAGAAGAACAUGAGGUUCAAGGAAAUCAGCUCCGUUGUCCCCGAGUGAGAGAAGGGCCCUCAGAAGAAGAGCUAUUUUUCAGAGGAGAAGAACAUACUUUGAAAAAAAGAAAACAAGUAACUGACACAGAGAAGUGGCAGAAGAAACUGCAAGAGAACUGGGAAAACUGUGCUGAGUUGAACCUUUCAUUUCAGGACCUCGGUGACCAUUAUCAGGUGGAAAAAUUCAAAAGGAUUCUUCAAAGAUUAAUUCGGGUAGAAAAACUUUGGUUGGUGGACAAUUCUUUGACAGACCUAAGUGCCAUAAGGUUGCCAAGAUGCAGAGAACUAAAUGUCAAUAAAAACCACUUUACAUCCUUCAAACAGCUGCCAAAGAUACCUCAGAUUCAGCACUUAUCACUUGCUGAAAAUAACAUCAUGACACUAAGUGGACUAACAGACUUCAGACACACUCCACUGGAAUCCCUUAUACUCAAGAGGAAUCCUUGUGAAUUUCAAGAAGGAUACAGACAAUGUGUAUUCUCCAGUUUGCCAAAUCUGAAAAUGCUGGAUGGUAUCCCAAAACUGCCAGAGGACUGUUCACCCCGAGUUACCAGGUUUUUUUUCAAAAUCUGUACUAUACUCUAGCACUGUAUUUUUGUAGGAUCACAACCAUGCUAGAACCACCUCACAAAAGAACAAGAAAUCCUGUGUACGGAAGUUACUAUUUCUUUGUGAUCAAAGAGAU